ACUCCUGGUCUACAAGAGAUUAAGACUGCAGGGGGAGAAAAUAUUUCUCCCAGAGGAGAGGGGUGCAGGGGUUGAAAUGUACGCCCCUGUGAAGAGGCCAUUGGGACCUGCUGCCCCCAAACCUGCUGCCAAGCCAGCCGUGGCCCCUCCAGCGAAGCCCAAAGCUGAACCGGCUGCUCCCCCUGCCUCAGCAGCUCCCACCAAACCUCAGGAGCCCCCCAUUGACCUCUCCAAAGUGGUGAUCGAGUUUAACAAGGACCAACUGGAGGACUUCAAAGAGGCCUUCCAGCUGUUUGACCGAAUAGGAGAUGGAAAGAUCUUGUACAAUCAGUGUGGGGAUGUGAUGCGGGCCCUAGGCCAGAAUCCCACCAAUGCUGAGGUGCUCAAGGUCCUGGGUCACCCAAAGAAUGAUGAGCUGAACUCCAAGCGUGUGGACUUUGAGACCUUCCUGCCCAUGCUCCAGUCAGUAGCUAAAAGCCGGGACCAAGGCACAUAUGAAGACUAUGUUGAGGGACUUCGAGUAUUUGAUAAAGAAGGAAAUGGUACAGUCAUGGGGGCUGAACUGCGACACGUCCUCACCACCCUGGGAGAGAAAAUGACUGAGGAAGAGGUGGAGACCCUCCUGGCUGGACACGAAGACAACAAUGGUUCCAUCAACUAUGAGGCCUUCCUGAAACACAUUAUGUCAAGCUGAGGCCCCAAGAUCCUACUUCUCUCCAGCCAGAGGUCUUCCUGCAUCCUGGGGAGAUGAAAGUCCAGUGCCUUGCACAUAGUAGGCACUUUGUAAAUGU